AUGGUUGUUUGGGAUCAUGGAAAGCUUAACCGUGCAGGUAAAUUGAGCGAACUGAGAGGCGCAUGUUUCUUGAGUUCGUGGCGUAGACUGAUGCGUGUUUGUAACGUGCAAUCGCACAAGCUGAUCUCCAUGGUUAGACAUGAACAAUUUGGGAAAAGGCAAGAGGAGCUGACCUUAUACGACUGGUGUAAUCCACAUAAAGGGGUUCUGGUUUUAUAUUUGUUAUUGCAAGUAGACUGCGUUGACCGAAAGAAAUGCUCGGUUUGGCUAAUCGGAACAUCCAGUACGCUGUGUUCCUUCCCUUCAAUGGUGACCUUAUCAAAUGAAAUAAAUUUAGCCUGGAAGUUCUACCUCCUCGACUUCUACACUUAG